UCAAAGAAGGCCGGACAAGUUUUGUACAGGCCGGAAUGAGUAUAUAAAUACACACAUAUACACACAACUCAUAAACCACCCUCCCAUUCCCAUACAACAUAAACAAAGAAGUGCAUACAUAUUCAACAUGGUUAUGGCUUCUGCAUCACCACCCCAUGUAGUCAUCUUCCCUUACAUGGCUGUAGGGCACACCCUGCCAUUACUAGACCUCUCCAAGGCUCUUUCGCGCCACGGCCUCAAAAUCACCAUCAUCACCACCCCAUCAAACGCCCCAUGUAUCCACUCAAUGGUCUCAAACGAUCCACAAAUCUCUUUGUCCAUAAUUCCAUUUCCGAGAGUAGAAGAGUUACCCGAAGGUUGCGAGAACACCGCUUGUCUUCCAUCCAUGGAUCUUUUCGUGGCCUUUGCAAAAGCCACUAAAAAGCUCAAAGUGCCGUUUGAGGGUGUCCUCAAAGAGAUGUCUGAAGCAGGGUGUCGCCCCAUUUGCGUGAUCUCGGACUUCUUCCUAGGCUGGACACUGGAUUCAUGCCGUUCCUUGGGCAUUCCUCGUCUUGUUAGCCAUGGAAUGGGCUUGUUCUCUAUGGCUGCUUCUAAAGCUGCCUGCGUGCGUGGCCCGUCCAUAAGUGCUAUGUUGGAUUCUGAUCCCGUACACUUUCCAGAAUUGGAGAUUCCAUUCACCUUGACAAAGGCCGACUUACCAGACACACUCAAGACCGCCAACGGUGACGAUCCGUGGCUGCAGCUCUUGGCAGAGGUGGGAGAAGCAGAUGCCAACAGCUGGGGUAUAAUAGUCAAUAGCUUCGAAGAGAUUGAAGGUGAGUAUGUAGCUGCUCUGGAGUCUUUUUACAUGAAGGCGGCCAAGGCAUGGUGUGUUGGUCCACUUCUACUUUUCAACGAGUUUGAAAAAAAAGAAAAGGAUCAAUGUUGUUCCAACAUCAAGUGGCUUGACAAACAAUUGGGUGCUGCUGUGAUAUAUGUAUCGUUUGGUACACAAGCACACGUGACAGAUAUGCAGAUGGAUGAGAUUGCACUAGGACUGGAGAUGGCAGGGCAUCCGUUCCUAUGGGUGAUACGAUCAACCACAUGGAGCCCCCCGGACGGUUGGGCGGAGAGGGUGAAGGAGAGGGGAUUGAUCGUAAGGAAUUGGGCGGAGCAGCGACGCAUAUUAGCUCACCCGUCAACGGGUGGGUUUUUGAGUCACUGUGGUUGGAACUCGGCGUUGGAGAGCUUGUCACUGGGGGUGCCACUAUUGGCAUGGUCAAUGGGGGCAGAGCAGCAGCUGAAUGCUAAGUUUGUGGCGGUGGGAUUGGGAGUGGGGUUAUUGAUCCCACAUGGAAGUGAGGGGGGAAGCAUGACCGUUGGAUGCGACGUGAUUUGUAAUGGAGUGAAGAAAUUAAUGAAUGGAGGAGAAGGUAAGAAAGCCAGGGAGAGGGCACAAGCAUUGCAGAAGAUGGCAAGGCAAGCUGUAGAGAAAGGUGGAUCGUCUGACAAGAAGUUGAAUGAAUUGAUUAAGUCGCUAACACACAAAUAGAAGAGCAUGUAAAAUCGAAUUUCUACAGUUAGUCUAGUUAUAUUAAUAAGGGAAACACAUAUUUGGAGAGACAGGGAGUGAGUGAGAACUUUUGAAUCUAGAGCCAUCAAAUAAAAUAUGAAGAACUGAAUAGUUGUGCAAUAGCAGUUACAAUGAGUCCAAGAGUAGUACAAUGUAUCUAGUGAUUGUGUUAUUUUCUGCUAAUGAUAAAUUCUCCUUUUUCGA